UCGUAAAUAUGUGAAAGCAUCACACCGCAUUCAUGUCUCAUUUUGUCCUCUUCGUAAACGCCCAAAACCAGGCCCCCAUUUUCUUCCACCCUCUCACCCAACACCCCCUCCUUAUUUCCCAUCUCAGAAGCAAACCCACACACUCCGGUCAUCUCGCUCUCGGUCUCUUUUCGUCAUGAAACGUACUCUCACUUGCGGCGAAUUUCCGGGGACUAGAGAUGAAGGCACCAAGAAGAUGAAAAUGAUAGAGCAAGACGAUGAUGGUGAUGACGACGAAGAGGGGGUCAAUAAGGAGACCGGAUUUGUGCAUUUCGACGAGAACUUGUUGUUUGAGGUGUUCAAGCACGUGGAUGCCAGGACGCUGGGUCGUGCAGCGUGUGUGAACCGCCAGUGGCAUCGGACGGCCCUGGACGAGCGCCUCUGGGAGCUGAUCUGUACCAGACAGUCGCCUAAUAUCGGCUGCGGCUACCAGCAGCUUAGAUCCGUGGUCCUUGCUCUCGGUGGCUUCCGUCACCUCCACUCUCUCUACCUCUGGCCCCUAUCUAAGCCCCAACCUUCUUCCACGCCUCCGCCGUCUGCUCCGUCACCGUCGUCAUCGGGUUGGGGUCCUUUAUCGCCUAUGAUCGGCGCCAAGCCGUCCGCUCGGUGGGGCAAAGACGAAGUCCAUCUCUCUCUGUCUCUGCUUUCAAUCCGGUACUACGAGAAGAUGAAUUUUGGUAAUCGAAACCGAUGAACAAUAAUCAUCACCAAAUCAUGGACUCUCUAGUAGCAUGUAAUGUUUCCUAUAACUAAUACCGCUUUGGUUUUCGAUUGUUUGUCAAAAUUGGGCUUUCGAUUUCGUUUUUCCACUCUUGUAUUUAAUUUGGAUUUUUGUUGUUGAUCA